UUAAGUUUAAAGUUUCCAAUAUCACACAUUCAAAAUGAGACUUUCAAACAUCACCCUACUUUUCUUCAUCUUUGCAAUUCUAGGUCUCUUUUUUGUCUCUCAAAUCAAAGAUUACUCUACUCAUGAUCGACUCAUUUCAGUUCAACCAAGGAGACGCCUGAGGACACUACAAUACCCCAACCCUCAUUUCAACAAGGUAGAUGCGAAUGCAAGAUCUACAAAGCAAGCAAAUUUGAUGCCAAAUGCAUACGAUGAAAAUGAAACGAGUAAUGAAGAUGGAGAGAUUGUUUAUAGUAUUGAUUAUCAGGGUGUGAAAACUCACCCGAGUCCGAAUCCUAAACAUCCAUAAAAGUUGAGCCAACGGGUCCCGUUUGUGCACCAUCUAGAAUCAACCGUACAUUGUAUCGAUUGAUAAUUUUUACCAUAUGAAAUCAACAUACUUUCUAUUA